AUGUCGGGUUUUACAUGUCCCCCAGAUGCUGGCAGCUGUGUGGUUCGCCAGUCCAAUGCAAGUGCCUUCUGCCGGCAGUGCAAGAGCUUCUGUACGACGUGUACAACUCACACAGCUCCCCCACCAAGAACCGUGGCUUCUCCUCCUCCAUCGCCGCCGCCCCUACCACCCACUAGACUCAGCAGCCCUCCAACCCCAUCCUCCUCGCCCCCCUCGUCGCCCUCCCCCCCUGACGCCUCCUCCCCCUCCGGCCUGUCCGUGGGAGCUAUCAUCGCCAUUGUGGCAGCAACCGUCCUGAUGCUGCUGCUCGUGCUCGCCUCUGCUUGGUGGUUUGCCGCACACACCAGAGCCUCCAACAGAGCCGCACUCUCUGGCUUGCAGAACGCACCCACGCCGUGCCGGCAGUACUCGCUGGCUGUGGUGGCUCAAAUGGCCACGAAGCACCACCCCAAUCUGGUGCGGCUGCUGGGGUUUGCAGUGGGUGGUGAUGUGAACACGCGGGUGGAAAAUGUCCUCAUUUAUGAGUUCGUUGCCAAUGGCGACCUCCAGCAAUGGAUUGGGCAAGAUGCGCCCACAAGUCUGACUCUACUGCAGCGGGUGAACAUCUUACUAGGGGUGGCACGUGGGUUAGAGUAUCUCCACAGCUUUGGCAUCGUGCACCGGGACAUCAAGCCAGCCAACAUCCUCAUUGAUGCUCACAUGCAGGCCAAGGUGGCUGACUUUGGACUGGUGCGUGAGGGGGACAGCACUCCAAUGGGCUAUACACGAGUGCUGGGAACGGUGGGGUGUGAUGCUGACGUGUACACGUGUGAUGCUGUUGUGUGCAGGUAUGAUGAUGUUGUGGAUGGGUGGGAUGAUGGUUGA